AUGAGUGGCGCUCAACAACAGCAAACAAACGGUCAUUAUACCGGUAACGGUCAAAGUCAAAACACAAAUGGAAGUGGAAUGACAAAUGGUGUAGGUGCAAGUCAGGGUAAUGGUGCUACAAAUGGGAAUGGUGUUGGUCAAUUAAUCUAUCCGGCUUUGCAUUUGCAACCUUUGAAUGAUACCUUUGCACCCAAACAAAUCUCAUUAGCACCUCCUGGUCCACAAAAUAAGAUCAAGAUAGGAAGACAGACAAACAACAAAACCAUUCCACAACCCAGUAAUGGUUAUUUUGACAGCAAAGUUCUUAGUAGAAUGCACGCAGAGGUUUGGAGUCAAGAUGGAAAAGUAUACAUCAAAGACGUCAAAUCAUCCAAUGGUACAUUCAUCAAUGGUGCCAGAUUGUCUGCUGAAGGUCAAGAAUCCGACACGUUUGAACUUCAUACGGAUGACGUUGUGGAAUUCGGUAUUGAUAUCGUAGGAGAAGAUAACAAAUCAAUCAUCCAUCACAAAGUUGCCUGUCGCGUCUUUCUCGUCAUGACCGCUGAAGAGGCAUUGGGAUUGCGACAUGACUUUGCCGCACUUUACAGAGGUGGAAUCGCAGGAAGCACUUUGAACCACCACGUCGUCGGUCCAGGAGCAGAAGGAGGCCUCCGCAGAAAGAUGGGCAGUGGUGGAGGGUAUGGUGCGGGCGGAAGCGUCAACGGUAUGAUGAGCUUCGACCAUAUUCUUCAUAGACUACAAGCAGAACUGCAAAAGAGCAGGGAAACGGCAGGUGAACUUGGUUCGCUCAACGCUGCCAUGAGUGAUAUCGGAGAAACUCUCGGAGGCGGACUUCCACCAAUGCAGAAUCCACCUUAUCAACAUCUUGUACCUUCGGCCAAUUCCAACGAUCCCAACGCUGCAGCAAAAGAAGAGGAACAAAGACGUCAAAGGACCGAUGAGGCAAAUGCAAGAGCGGCUGAGCUAAAAACGUUGGAAGACCAAGUAAAGGAAACUCAACAAGCUCUACAAGCUCAUAUCGAUCGACUGGCCGUAUUUGAAUCCCGUUUGGAUGACAAUGAAGGGAUCAAAGCAGAUAUUCUUUCAAUGCAAGAACAAGUUCGAAAUGCACAAAGUGAAGCAGCAGAAGCAAAGCUACUAUUGGCUUCCAAGAGAAACGCUUUGCAUGAUGAUGACGAUGAUGAUACCGCCAGUGUGAUGUCGAUGGAUACCGUCAUGCCUGGAGAAGGAGAAGAUGAUCGUCUUCCCACAAGGAGUAUCGGUAAAGGGCCGGUCGGCAAUGAUGAAAUCGACAGUCUCGACGCGAUUGGACAUCUUGAUCACGGGGACGAGGAAGAGGGACCCUCAGCACACGACAAAGAUCUUUUGAGACGCUUGAAAGAGCACAUCGGUCCUCUAGCGCCUGCUGACGGUGUCUCAGAAGCUUUGGACAGAAAGGCAGCCACUAUUCCACCGAACGAUGAUCUCGUUCGAAGGCUGGAAGCGAUGGAAAGUCAAUUGGAAAAAGCUUUAGAGUUAGGGCGCAACCUUGCUGAUCAACAUGCCGAGGCAACCGACAAUGUUCGCAAACUGGAAGAGCGCAUCCGAUCACUUGAAAGUGAGCAGAAGCCUGUUCAGGAAGAUAGUAAGCCUGAAGUACAAGAACCUACAGUAAAACAAGAGGACAGCGACCUUGCCGACGGUGCUUUGGCCAUUGGUGGAGGCGCAGCAGCAGCCGGUGGAGUUUUGAGCAUUUUGGAAGCAAAAUGGGGAAAAUGGAGAGAUGCUUUCGAAGCCGAUUUUGCCAAAGACCGUGCCGGAUUGAAUUCCGAUCGUGAAGAGAUACGGAGAGUGGUAAAGAUGUGGGAUACACUCAAUCAAGAAGUUGAAGAUUUGGUUGAAGGCGCUCAAACGGAUGACGGUGGUAAUAAUGAUGAUAAUAAAAGCGUCUCUGCCCCAACCGCAAAUCAUUCUGGCGGCAGCAAUACAGGAGGAUCGAAGAAAAAGAAGAAGAAAAAGGGAGGAAAUCAUUUCCAACAAUCAUCUACGCCAUCACCCGUCAAUCAAAUUCGAAGGACGACAAGUGCGGUUGGGUUGGGAACCUCGGCAGAUUUGAAUCGCCAUUUACGAGCAUUAAUUUAUACGGAUGAUUAUAACUUACUCGUUCGAGAAACGCAUAUGGAAAGUGAAGGAUCAACAUCUGCUUCUUCCUCCGUCUCAGACACCUCUCGUAGUGCGACAUCCAAGAUGACCGAUGAUACAAGCGUUGGCAGUUCAGGCAGCAGCGGAGAAAAAGCCAGCAAUCAUGGCGUUGAAGGCGGAGGGAACGUAGACUUGGAAGAACUGCCUGACGGCGUCAGAAAGCGCGCAAUGGUCAAUCUUGCAUCUGGAAGGAGGAAAGGAUUGGGAGGAGAAGGGAUAGAGAAAAGAUGGCCAGGAUUCGGAUCAAAGACUGGAGGAGGAGAUUCGAAUAGUAACGCAUUCGAUAAUUCUGCUUCUUUGCCUGUCAUUGGUGCGGCUGGGGUUCUGUUUGUCGGAAUGACGGCAUGGAUCAUGGCCGGCAAAGGUGGAAUAAAUUUGGCAGGUGGAAUGGGAGGAGGUGGAUGA